CCCUCCUCCCCGUUAGGCGACGGGCGGCCGAGGGGAGGGGACAGCCAAGGCAGGGCAGGAAGCCGCCGCUUAAAAGGGCAGCCCGCGCCAAGCCCUUCCUCCCUGGGUGCGGAGGUCCGCGAGCUCCAGUGUCUCUUUUUUUUUUGCCCCCUCCGCGUCGCCGCCGCCGCCGCCGCCAUGUACCGCUGCCUGGGCGAAGCGCUGCUGCUGUCGCGGGCUGGACCCGCCGCGGCGCUGGGCUCGGCGGUGACCGCCGACUCGGCCUCGCUGUUGGGAUGGGCCCGCGGGCAGCCGUGCGCCCCGCAGCCGGGGCUCGCCUUGCCGGCCCGGCGCCACUACAGCGAGGCGGCGGCCGACCGCGAGGACGACCCCAACUUCUUCAAGAUGGUGGAGGGCUUCUUCGACCGGGGCGCCAGCAUCGUGGAGGACAAGCUGGUGGAGGAUCUGCGCACCCGCGAGAGCGAGGAGCAGAAGCGGAAGCGAGUGCGGGGCAUCCUGCGGAUCAUCAAGCCCUGCAACCAUGUGCUGAGCCUCUCCUUCCCCAUCCGGCGCGACGACGGCUCGUGGGAGGUCAUCGAGGGGUACCGGGCCCAGCACAGCCAGCACCGCACGCCCUGCAAGGGAGGUAUCCGUUACAGCAUGGACGUGAGUGUAGAUGAAGUGAAAGCGCUGGCUUCUCUGAUGACAUACAAGUGUGCAGUGGUUGAUGUGCCAUUUGGGGGUGCAAAAGCUGGUGUUAAGAUCAAUCCCAAGAGCUACACGGAUAAUGAGUUGGAAAAGAUCACAAGGAGGUUUACAAUGGAACUAGCCAAGAAAGGCUUUAUUGGUCCUGGCAUUGAUGUGCCUGCUCCGGACAUGAGCACAGGCGAGCGGGAAAUGUCCUGGAUUGCUGACACCUAUGCCAGCACCAUAGGGCAUUAUGAUAUCAAUGCGCAUGCCUGUGUCACUGGCAAGCCCAUCAGCCAAGGAGGCAUCCAUGGACGCAUCUCUGCUACCGGCCGCGGGCUUUUCCAUGGAAUUGAAAACUUCAUCAACGAAGCCUCUUACAUGAGCAUUUUGGGGAUGACACCGGGAUUUGGAGAUAAAACAUUUGUUGUUCAGGGGUUUGGUAAUGUGGGCCUGCAUUCUAUGAGAUAUUUACAUCGUUUUGGUGCUAAAUGUGUUGGUGUUGGUGAAUCCGAUGGAAGUAUAUACAAUCCAGAUGGUAUUGACCCAAAGGAACUGGAGGACUUCAAAUUGCAACAUGGAUCCAUCCUGGGCUUCCCCAAGGCUAAGGUUUAUGAAGGGAGCAUUUUGGAGGCUGACUGUGACAUACUGAUCCCUGCUGCCAGUGAGAAGCAGUUGACCAAAGCCAACGCACCCAGGGUCAAAGCCAAGAUCAUUGCCGAAGGUGCCAAUGGGCCAACAACUCCCGAAGCUGACAAGAUUUUCCUGGAGAGAAACAUCAUGGUUAUCCCAGAUCUCUACUUAAAUGCAGGAGGUGUGACAGUAUCUUACUUCGAGUGGCUGAAGAAUCUGAACCAUGUCAGCUAUGGCCGUUUGACCUUCAAAUAUGAAAGGGACUCCAAUUACCAUUUGCUCAUGUCUGUUCAAGAAAGUUUAGAAAGAAAAUUCGGCAAGCAUGGUGGAACUAUUCCUAUCGUCCCCACAGCAGAGUUCCAGGAUAGAAUAUCGGGAGCAUCUGAGAAGGACAUUGUGCACUCUGGCCUGGCCUACACCAUGGAGCGUUCUGCCAGGCAAAUUAUGCGUACAGCCAUGAAGUAUAACCUGGGGUUGGACCUGAGAACAGCUGCCUAUGUCAACGCUAUUGAGAAAGUCUUCAAAGUGUACAAUGAGGCCGGCGUGACCUUCACCUAGAUGGAUAGUGGCUGAGCCCCUCACCCUUCCCACCUGUAACUUCUGCAGAUCUAUCACAAGUUUACAUGUAACCACAAAAUCCUUUUCUCUCAUGACUCAUUAGGUAAUGGCCACCACCCUCAACAUGUCGAUCCAAAUCAGCCCCCCUGGAAGAAACAAAUCAAGGUUAGGGGAUCACAUAGCAGCUGACGAGCAUAGAUACAGAAAUGGCGUGUGUCUGAGAACCAAUUAGGCAUUUCCCUUUAAAUAGGAAGCUUCUUCCAUCUGCUGUGAGCUGCCCCGCUCCAGCGGCUCUGCCCAGCACUGGCUGUCUGUUGCCAGAGAAGACAAGAUAAUCAGAAGUAGUCGGCUGCUUGCUGCUUUUGCUUGGAACAAAUCCAGGACAGGCUGUCACUUUGACACAUUAAGUAGCUAUGAGGCAUUCAGGUGUCACGGUCCUCAAUGAGUUACUGGUAUUUUACAUCAGCAAAAUAACUCAGUUUUACAAGUUGCAAACAAAAAUAAAAGCUGUUUCUCCUUAUGCAUUUUAUUCUCCUAGGAUAAAAUAUAAGUACAUGCUGCUGUAAUAAAAUUGCCUUUAAUCACUUAACAAGUCUAACUUCAACUCAAGCAGUGAGUACCUAUAAACAUGAUACAUGAAAAAAGCUAGUAUUUUUAUAACAUUAAACAAUUAUCAUUUAUAGCUUAUCAAUCAUGUGUUGUCCAGCAAAACAAAAGGCCUGAUGGAGCGCUCUCUUCAGCCCUACCCAUGAUGGAGGCUAUCUCUAAGGCUGUUGGGAUUUACUAACUGUUAUUAUUAUAGUCCAAAGAUUAUAGUGACUGUUUCAUCGUGUGAAUUAAUUGUUUCUUCCUUUGAAGCUCCAUUAUGUUGACUAAUUGGACAGUACUUCAAGUAGAGUGCACCAGGAAACAACCACUUCGGUUCUUGUUUGGGGUCCACCCGUGGCUGCAGCUCAGCCUGCCUCUGCACCUCCCCUAGGAAAAGGCUUUGCCUGCUGUACCCGGUUUCUGCAAGAGGGGGGCUGCCAGCAGCCGGGGCUCAGGGCUGUGUGGGGAGUUAGCUGGCCAGGGACUUGAAACAGUAGUGUCCCAGUGAAGUACUAGACAUUAUUUAUGUAAGAAUGAAUGCUUUUUUUUAAAUAAUGUAAGACCCUUUCAGAAAUUUCUAACUACUUUGUACCUGCAUGACUUAACCUGUGAUAAAAAGCAGUUAUUAAAAGUCUACCUUUUCCAAAA